UCCACUUGCCGGCCUUUUUUCCGUUCUUGGCAACAAGAGUAACGUAAUCUUGAUAAGAUCUGAUCUGAUCAAAAUCAGAUCAUCAAAUCAUCCGAAACAAUUGCCUUGUUGCAUGCAACCUGCGCACUUUGAUUCAAAAAACCAGCAUGCAGGCUCUUCUCCGCCGAGGCGCCUCGCUAUUUGGCUCGACGCCAUCCGGCUCCCCCAAGGAGAGCGGGGAUUUCGGCGAAUUCCGCAAGGCGCCGUCACACGAUGUGUUGUUCCCCAAGGUCGACCCGGCCGUUGACGGAGAGGAAUGCCUCCACGACUGUGCGUCGUGUUCGGUGAAGUACCCCGCCCGGUUCGACGUGGACUACGAAGAUGAGCUCUACGGGCACGUCAACGGGUGGGCGACGCAUCUGCUCGUCGCGACCGGGAAGACAGACUGGGUGAGGGAUGUUGCAGACGAGAAGGGCAGUUUGAUGGAGGCGAUCGAGAAGGGGGACUUGUGCCGAGCAAUGGGGUAUGCCACCGCCGCAUUCAGCCUUUCACGCACGGAUGAGAAUCUGAAGCUGUCUGCGUCCAACAUGCCGGUGCCGGACGAGUAUCACCACCACGAGCCCGGGGAGCAGCCUACCAACGUCCUGAUCCUGCCCGCCUUCACGGUGGUGGAGCAGGUGACUCCGGCUCUUGCGCCCGAGCUCAUCAAGUACUUUGUCAGCCGCGCGCCGACAACCACCACACCGCUCGGAAGCAUCCCGGAACCUCUGGCUGAGACCGAGGGCGAUGGCGAGGAGCAGCCCGCCUCAGUGGAUAUCAGCUCGCUGACUUCGCUCCGGUCCCGGCCCUGCGGCCAUGCAGCCGUGAUUCUUCUCUGCUCGCAGCGCACCCGGGACGCGCGCUGCGGGCAGUCCGCCCCGUUACUGCGGCGCGAGUUCGAGCGCCAUCUGCGGGCCCUGGAGCUGUACCGCGACCUGAACGAUGAGCGGCCGGGCGGCGUGGGCAUCUACUUCAUCAGCCACGUUGGGGGCCACAAGUACGCGGCGAAUGUGAUUGUUUACCGGCGGCGGGACUUUGAGUGGUAUCGCAAGGAGAAACGGGGGCAGGACGCGCAAGGGAAGACGACGGGCGAGGCAGACGAGGGCGCGGCGCAGGGCAUCUGGCUGGCGCGCGUGCGGCCGGAGGACUGCGAGAAUAUCGUCAAGUAUACGGUCCUGCAGGGGAAGGUGGUCAAACCUGGGCUGCAGCUUCGGGAAUAUGGCACUCUCGACAAAUCUCAUCCUCUCUCAAGAGAGAGAUUAUGCCGUAAAUGGGUGCACGAUGCUGUUAAUGAUGCUACGCCAAUGAAUCACCAUCGCAGAGUACCGGACUAUGGCUGUGGCACCCCCACGCCGCAAUAUCCCACUACCCCAGAGUAUGCCGUAUUCCACAGUCUUGACUCAAGUCGGUCAGUCGCGGGUCCCAAGGUCCAAGUCCAACAGCCAGAUUACCCGCAACACCCAACCCAAGCACCAUCGCGCGGAUCUUUCGUUAAAUUUUACUGGAAAGAGGUUAGCCCCGCAAGUUCUCAGAGUGUUGCCCCCUUCAGGUCGGCGAGAUUACUAUCUGCUCAGUGGUGA